UCUUAUUGGCUGCUUAGAAGCCAAUCGGUGGAAAGAUGUUUUGCAACAGGCUGUAACUACAAUGUCUGAGUAUUCCUUCCGGUCUAGAAAGAAAAGAGGCGAAAGAACCGGGAGGAUGUUUUACCACAUCUCCUUGGAACAUGAAAUCCUGUUGCAUCCACGGUAUUUUGGGCCCAAUCUUCUCAACACAGUUAAGCAGAAACUGUUCACUGAGGUGGAAGGAACCUGCACAGGAAAAUAUGGCUUUGUCAUUGCGGUUACAACCAUUGAUAACAUUGGUGCGGGUGUAAUCCAGCCUGGUCGGGGCUUCGUGUUGUAUCCAGUCAAAUAUAAGGCCAUCGUCUUCAGGCCUUUCAAAGGGGAGGUUGUUGAUGCAGUUGUCACGCAAGUGAACAAGGUUGGGCUUUUCACUGAAAUUGGACCCAUGUCCUGCUUCAUUUCACGGCAUUCCAUUCCUUCCGAAAUGGAAUUUGACCCCAAUUCCAAUCCUCCGUGCUACAAGACAGUUGAUGAGGACAUUGUCAUCCAGCAAGAUGAUGAGAUUAGGCUGAAGAUCGUUGGAACCCGAGUGGACAAGAAUGAUAUUUUUGCGAUUGGAUCACUCAUGGAUGACUACCUUGGUCUGGUCAGGUAAAGCUCCCAGUUCCUAUUUAUCCUUCUCGGUUUCCAUGGUCCAACACAGUCCUUGGCUCCCUACAGAAGAAUCUGGGCUGCAACUCUUCUGCCCCUGUAUUUACAGAAUGUGGUCUCUUCUCUGGCAGCCAGGAGAUGAAGGCUGGCUGCACACAACUCUGUUUCUUCAUUAAAAUGUUCCUGUUUCAAACCUU